GAUGUGUGAGUCCACAGGAAGAAAGGGGCGGGGCUGGAGUGAGGCGGGGAGGCGCACUGACACCUAGGCAGUGAGCGCGGAGAGCUCGGUGCGUGCGUUUCUUCUAUGGAGAGCUGUGCGUAAAGGUGCCGCGGCUGCUAGGCUACCUGUUGGACUUGGGACUUCCGCGGAGCUGCAGCGGGAGGGAAGGGACAGAAGGACGGCCUCUGCUCUCGAGGGACUAGGAAUCUUUAAAAUGUCCCUCAAACUAUUGACUGUAGUAGCGCUCUAUCACGGGACGCUCCUGUGCUGUGGAUUUAAUAUAGAUGAACGCUUCCCCGUCAUCAAAAAGGGCUUCACUAAAGGCAGCUUUUUUGGUUUUUCGGUGGCUCUGCAUGAACAAACGCUGGGCACACGAAAAUACCUACUUCUGGCUGGAGCUCCGAAAGAGAAGGCCCCAUCCCUCCCCAAUGUGAACGAAACUGGAGCAGUGUACUCCUGCCCCAUCACCACAGACAUCAAUGACUGCAUCCCCAUGGACCUCCUCACCUCAACUGACCCUUCUUUAGAAAUGGUGGAGGGAAUGUGGCUAGGAGUGACUGUGGCAACACAACGGGAUCAACAGCCCAGCCGCAUACUGGCAUGCGGUCACCGUUACGUGAAGAUCAUUCCCGGUGGCACAGAGGAGCAGUGGCGCAUGAUUGGCAAAUGCUUCGUCAGAGGGAACGACCUGACCUAUGACAAUUCAGACGACUGGCAGUAUCGCAGCUACGAGAUGUGCGACCCCAACAGGGACUUUCAGAUGGAGGGCAUGUGCAAUAUGGGCAUCUCAGGGGGCAUGACUGACACGGAAGUAUAUCUCGGAGCAACUGGAAGCUAUACGUGGCAAGGAGAUGUUCACAUAAGAUGGACAAAUCCUAGCGAAUCUAUGCACUGGGACACCGCAGACAAAAAACUUGGACAGUUGCUACGAUACAGACAAAGCUAUAUUGGUUAUUCAGUGCUAGAGGAGAAAAAGCUGCUGACUCUUGACGACUACACAGUGGUGUCAGGGGCUCCCAGGGACGAGUCCAGGGGUUCGGUUCUGUUUAUAAAGAAGUUGGACACUUCCACAGAGAUAGUUCUGGUCAUCCCUGGGGAACAAAUUGGCUCUUACUUUGGGAACAGUCUUGCAGUGACUGACCUCAACAAUGAUGACUGGAACGACCUGAUAGUGGGUGCCCCCUUUUACUUUGACCGGAUGAAGGAGCGAGGUGGAGCCGUGUACAUCUAUAUGAACGAGAACGGCUCUUUCCAGAAGACCCCCACCCUGGUCCUGACUGGUCCUGCCGCCUCUGGGUUUGGCUUUGCCCUGGCUGCUAUUGGGGACAUAAAUCAAGAUGGCUUUCAAGAUUUUGCUGUGGGUGCGCCAUUCCAUGCGACAGGCCAGUUGUACAUCUGGACUGGGAGUAAACAGGGGAUCUCAGAGAAACCCAGUCAGGUGAUUGAAGGUAAAUCCAUUGGAACUGGCUUUACAACGUUUGGUUACUCCAUCAGCGGGGGCAUGGACAUGGAUGAGAACAGUUAUCCAGAUAUUUUAGUGGGUUCUCUUGAUGACCACAUUGCUUUAUUAAGAUCAAGACCUGUUAUCCAUUUAACAAAAGACGUAACAGUGGAGCCAAAAAUUGUUGACCCUAAUCAGUGUUUAAACCAACCAUGCAUUACCGCCACUGUCUGCAUGUCUUUUACACUGAGCAACGGUAACAAAAACUUCAAGAGAACUAUCAAUGUGAAUUACAUGAUUGAAGCGGACAUGGACACAAGGAAGAGCGCCCGUGUGCUGUUCCAGGACAAUAAUUUAGACACCUACACUGGCGUCCUAGCUUUAACUGCUUCACAAACACAAUGUCAAACUUUGAAGCUCUCUGUGGUGGCUCCACUACGAGACAAACUUGAGCCAGUGGUCUUCUCUCUGAACGUUUCCAUAAGUGAGCAAAAGCCAAAAGUAAGGCGUUCCUUACAGAACUUGGAUGCAUACCCAAUAUUCAGCCAGGAGCAGAAACUCACACAGAGAACGGAGAUUAACUUUCUGAAAGAGUGUGGCGCAGACAACACAUGCUCCAGUAACCUGCAGCUGACAGCUCAGUAUGUGGAUGACAAGGAGACCCCCUACCCCAGACAGGGAGACUUCCAGGUGUUCCAGUACAGCAGUGACAUCAGGUACAUCUGGCUGUUGGUGGAGGUGACCAAUGUGCCCUCUGGUGGUAAAGUGGCAGAAGACGCUCACCAGGCCGAGCUGAAUGUGACCAUCCCAGAGGCUCUGAGGUACUCUGGGGUCCGAUCUGAGGAUCACAGUGUUGAAUGCAGUCUGGAAGAAACUCUCAUGUGUGAACUUGGCAAUCCACUCAAAGGCAAUCACAAGGUAUCACUGAUGCUCAUAUUUGAGACAUCUGGGAUUGAUCUGUACACACACGAAAUUAUUUCCCAGCUGCUUCUUUCAACUGUCAGUGAGCAGAAUGACCUGUUUCCUGUUCCCAUUGGCCUCCUGAUUGAAAACACCAUCCGCCCUUCAUUCUCAAUAGUCAACCCUGUGGUGCAGACUCAGUUCAGUGGUACGGUGAAGGGCGAGUCUGCCAUGGUCAACAGCAGUGACGUGGGCAGCCUGGUGGAGUUCACCUUCAAUGUGAACAUUGGAGGACAGCCUUUGGGAGACCUGGCUACGCUGGCAGUGGAGUUUGAGUGGCCAGCUGAGGUCACCAACGGCAAGUGGCUCCUGUACCUGACCAAGAUCACCGUGGCAACCGACUCUGAGACAGAGUGCACCCCGCCCGGAGACAUCGUCAACCCGCUCAACCUCACUUUGUCAGAAAGCCCAAAAAAGCGCACCAAGCGUCAGGUGGUGGUGGAUGAUGAGGACAAUCAGCCCGUCAUUAUUGAACCACAGGCAGCAAUCACCCUGCAUGGCCCCAAGAAGGAGAGCUUCCUGCUGGACUGCGCUAAAGGGACGGCUCGGUGUUGGACCUUCACCUGUCCACUGAGCAACAUGUCAAACUCAGCCAAGAUCUAUGUGCGGUCACGCCUCUGGAACAGCACAAUGUUGGAGGACUAUCACAAUGCUCUGAGAGUGGAGGUCAGAGGACAUGCCUUCUUGAAGCUAAUAACUGAUAAACCAACCAUCAAGAUGGACACUCAGAGCACUGAAUUCCGAGUGCAGAUAGACCCUCUGGAGGACGUGGAGACACAAUACGAACUUCCUCUGUGGAUCAUCAUAUCAGCUGCAGUGGCUGGGAUUGUCCUAUUAGGAAUUAUUAUACUUAUACUCUGGAAGUGCGGCUUCUUCCAGCGGGCCAGUCGCAGAGAGAUGUACGAGGCCAAGGCGCAGAAGGCUGAGAUGAAGAUCCAGCCCUCAGAGACAGAGAGACUGACGGAGGACUACUGACCCCUCCUGUGGUGGGGGGCACAUACCAGGGCAACUGGCUCGGUUUCUUCAAGCGAGCAGUGUACUACCGCAUAAUGCCAAAGCACCGAGGGGUGAAAAUACGCCAGGCCGAACGCUAUCAACUCAAUCUGGGAUAUCAGCCGGAAGAGCCACCCAGGAAGUACUGGAUCACCAGCUGGACCGAGAUGCAGAGAUAUUACUACUGAGGCCUGGGCUUGGAGGACACUCGCUCGAAUGCUAAGCUAUGGCCACAGAAGCCAUCAAAAGACAUUAUAAUGACAAGUGAACCACAGAGACUGAAAUGGACCAACAUUGACAUUGAACUUGUCAGUGCAAUAUACUGAAUGUGUGUAUAAGAGACUGAAAUUUGUUAGUAUUUUUUUUACUAAAUGCAGUGUUGUAUAUUUGGACCACACAAAUUGUACAUUUUGUAAUUUUCUUGUUGGAGAUUUGAAUGUGUUUCCAGACGUAGUGGCUGCCUUUUCCUAUAAUCAAGUGAAUAAUUGUACACUGAAAGUUCAUCAUUUUGAGGUCAGUGGUUGUUGGCACUGUGGGACUCCUGAACCAGCAAAUGCAGUAGGAAUAUGGCACAGAGAUUUUGGGGUUUGUUGUGCCACCAUCAUAGACCAGACAUACAGGCACAUGUCUUUAUCUGUGGAUUUUGCUUCAUUUGACCCUUAUCUUAAAGUACAUUUUUUACUAUUUAUUUGUGACUUGUUUCAACAGAGCCUUAAGAUUUCACAUACAGGGAGUCGUGACACUGGAUUGAAUAAUAUUGAACUAAGAUUGUGGUAAUGCAUUUCAGUUUGUAGAUUUUAUGACUGUCAAAUGUAAAUAAUGGUACUGAUUUCACAAAUGCAUAUGUUGUCUUAUAUGUUCCGUCAUCAUGUCGCUUUUAGUUUUUCUAUGGGAAAAAGGUGAUACUUGGACCGUUUCCAAGGCAACGUGGCCCCCAUUGAGGUCAGCCUACAGCACUGAAAAUCACUGAACAUGGAACGAGUGUUGCUUUUCAGCGUAAUUCCGUUGUGGGACUGGCGCCAUUAACAUAAAAAGGGAAUGUGACUGGCCAUUGUAAAGACUAGUGGUGUUUUUUACUGUGCACACUCAGUGGAAUUAAACUCUUUGUA